AUGGCUCUAGUUCCACCCACGACAAAUCUCAGAGAGCAGGUGGAGAUCACAGCCCGAGCCUUCUUGUCAGCAUUCGAAGAGGGCGCAGCUUACAGCGACGCAUCAGUCAUCAAUCGCGACCUUACAUCCGACUGCACACGCCACUUCCUCCCGGCAUCUGUUAUGAAAGCUUUCGGACUUGCCACAAAUACUUCUUUCGACACGACCGCUUUUCAGAGCAUGUUCGGGAACGAUAUCAGAGUGCUGAGAUUCAAGGAUAACGUCAUGUCCAAUUUGACCAUUGACAUGGACGCGCGCCGCGCCGCUUUCACAGCUAAAGCUGAUGUGUUUGUCAGGAGCAGUGGGAAGACGUAUUCCUCCGAGGCUGCUUGGUUUUUGUACUUCAAUGAGGAUGGGUCCAAGGUCAAGAAGGUGGUUGAGUUCUGCGACAAGGAUGCUCUGUUGGAGAUGGCAAGCGAUGUGGCCGCUGCAUGGGGAGUGUAA